AUGGCUGACGGAAACGAAAAUCUAAGACUCGAAUUCCUUCUUUGGCAUAUCGACGAUGAGCCCUCAAUUGCUGAGAGCAGGUCUCUUUCAGAGACAGUCCAGCGUACCAUUGCUACAGCCAUGAACUUGGCUGUAAUCGGCGAGGUUGGCGGUGCUACCAAGCUUCUAGAAAUACUUAGAGACAAUGGAUCUGACCCUUUCCAAUUCCCAAAGUGGGAGUCGCCUUUUUUGAAGCCCUGUAUGUUCUUCGCAUGGGAAGCAACUUCGUCAUGGCCAGCCUGGAUCUCCGAAGAGGAGCGUACCGAGGAAAAGCUCCAGGAAAUUGAGGGACAGGGUCGGAAGCUAUGGCUUGAAAGAUUCAGUGAGGAAUGGGAAGUCACAGAGGAAACGGCAAAGAAGGCAAUGGACAUGGCUUACAAUGGCCUUGUUACAGUUCUUCCAGAUCUUGACGGUACCCUCGCAGGGCAAAUUGCGCAGACAGAGGCCAUGUGGAAGAAUGGCGAUUUUUCAUACUCCUCAAACCCAAACGGACCCAUAUCGAUCAGAUACUCGAAGAUAGCCAUGUGGUGGCGUCAGGGUAUAUAUCCUUAUCUUUACUUACAACUGUACCGAACAGCCGGCCUGACUAUUGCCCUGGAUAUCUAUCUACGACUCGGCCAAGAAGAUGAGGCUAGGAAUAUGUUCGAGCAAAUAUGCAGUCGCUUCCACGCAGAGGAACAGGUUGAGCACCUUGUUUGCUCACGCAUGGCGUGGAAAAGAUUCUUGGCUGCUCCCGAGCGACCUCUUCUCGAUCUUCUCGACAUUCAUCCAGCCAAACUUAGAUCAGCUGCAUCUCGCGCUGUACAACUUGUCGAGAAUCGUUUGACAACCGGACCAAGUCGCCGAUAUGCAACGCGAAACAUCGAGGAGCUGGUUCGUAUUAUUAGCGAGAAUACCUUCAAGAACUGCCCUUACGAUAGGUUGGACGCGUAUCGCCCAGCUGGCCACCUUCGGCCGCGGCCUGAUAGUCCCCAUGGGCUUCUCAAAGCAGGAUGCACCCGUCCAGAGAUAGUUUCUUUGGAGAAGCGACUCGGCGUGAACCUGCCUCAAGAUUAUAAAGACUUCCUCUCUCUUACGAACGGCCUCGGAUCAGCAUGGAAUGGCCAGAAUGUCCUUGACUACUUUGCCAGUGCCGAUGACGUUUGCUGGCUGGAUAUAGACUUUCUGGCUGGCAACGAACUCACUCUUCUGCCUGAUGGAGAACCAAAACAAUGGUUGGGUAACAGACUCCAGUGGCCUGACAUUAGACCAGGUCACUGGUUGAGUUUGUCGGGGGAUGUAAUGGAAGGUGAAGCCCCAGGCUAUAUAUUCCUCCUCGGCCCAGAUCUCAUCCAGCCAGCGAAGGAUUACCUUCUCAAAACCUAUGGAGAACGAGAUGAAACUCAACGGCGUGACCUCGAUAAUCUCAUUCAGGAGACGUAUGGUAGCAUGGAAGCUCUUCGAGACCUGGAUCAUGUGCUUCUUCACUGGACUCCGUGGGACUUGGACUUUAUCCCCUUCCAUAGUUUUAGAGACGUUUUGGAGUGGAUUGCUGAGGCUUCUCUGCGCAAGAAUCGGCCGUGGUUGAAUGUUUUUGAGCCUAGGUAUCGAAGGUUGGCGUGA